CCGGAAACAUCUCCGAGCAGCUCUCUCGCGUCGCGUCUUCUCCGAACAGCUCUCUCACGGGAAACAUAGCAGCUCCCCUUCUCUUCGAGCAUCUUUCCUUUCCCGUCUCCUAUCGGCCUCCUGUAAUCUCAAAAGGCAAAGCAUCGUUGCUUCGCAGGAGGUGUAGGGUUUGCCUUUCAUCUUCGUUGCACGCGUCGCUUCUUCGGCUCCUUAGUGGCUGUUCGACUUCGCUCCUUCGACGAUUAUCCUUUCCUGUCAGAUCGGAAGUUUCGACAUUUUGAUCGGAAGCAACAACGGGAGCUCGCUGGCGUUGAAGUAAUUUUUUAUAUAACAGAUAACUUAUUCCUUCAUCGGCGCAUUGAAAUGGCGAAAACUAUCAAGCUCAAGCCUAUGGAUGCGACGCCGGUGAGCUUCGCGGAGUUUGGCCAGGUGAUUUCCGCUUCUUCUGACAGGCAGAAGUUUGGACUGCAGGACGCUCAACUGGAGCUCCACCGCGGUACCCCGAGGUUCUAUAUCAUGCAUCUAGAAGAUCAAAAACUAAAGUUCUCUACGAUUACUCAUCAUGCUAGCGUGACCCAGUGCCUUGGUUCUGCUAGUGGUGAAGAAUGGUUCCUUGGGGUGGCCAAGUCUUCAAUUCUGGAAGAAGGAGCUGAAUUAAAUGAUGGCAUUCUGAAGACACCCGUACAAUCAAAAUGUGGCCAUAACUAUGUACCACCUCACCCAGAUGAUGUGUACAUGUUCCGCGUAACCGGUACCAAAUUUUUGAAGCUGAAUCGAGGAACUUGGCAUGCAGGACCGUUGUUCAAGAGCAAAACAAUGGAUUUCUACAAUUUAGAGCUAAGUGACACGAACAUAGUUGAUCAUACAACACAUGACUUCCAUAAGAACGAUGGGGUAGUCUUUUUAGUUGAGGAAGAUUAUUAAGUAGUCUUUCAAAGUUGAACAUGCAAUGAUGAACCAUAGACUCUUCUACUUGGGAUUGCUACUGGGAACUUUACAUGAAAUAAUUUGCAGUUUCUAUAGUUAUUUAUGUUGUUGCAUGUUUCAUUUAUGGAUUUUCAAGUGUAAAUCAGCAUGCUGUGUUUGAUUUGAAGAAUAACUUAUUGAUGUUUGAUUAAUGAUUGCGAUGUAAUUAAGAAGAAAAUUAUUAUGUUACAUAUGAUAGCUUUAAGUUUUUUCUAUAUCAAAAAAUAAAAGAAUAA